UGUAUUACAAACGCUUUAGCGUUUAUUUUGGAAAGCGGAAAUGGUUAGACCGGCUCACGUCACUUUGCUUCGUUACAGUGAACUUUACAUUACAGGGGUUCAUAGCAUGCCACGGGCGUUGUGUUGGCAGAAGUGAGUGUGGGUUGACGUGAAGGAAUGUAAAUGUCUGAGGACAAGGAAGCCCAGGAGGAUGAACUGCUUGCUUUAGCAAGUAUUUAUGAUGAAGAUGAGUUUCACCGAGCGGAGUCUGCACAAGGCGGGGAGAUGCAGCUUUGCCUGGAGCUUCCUCCGGAUUUCAAAAUCAUUGUAAAAGGAGACACAAAAACUGAAUACAAUGUGAGCUUCUUGCCUCCUUUGGUGCUCAAUUUUGAGUUGCCUGCAGACUAUCCUUCUACGUCCUCUCCAAGUUUCACUUUGAGCUCCAAAUGGAUGACCAAAGCCCAGAUGAGCACACUAUGCAGACGUCUGGAUGAGCUGUGGGAAGAGAACCAGAGCAGUGUAGUCCUUUUCACAUGGAUUCAGUUUCUUAAAGAGGAGACUCUGGACAUUCUGGGAAUCAUGUCUCCUCUUGAAAUCAACAGAGGGGGAAGUAAGGCAGGUGGUGAGCGCAAGAAAACAGACCCGGCAGUUACAGGUUCAUCUCUGACCGGGAGUCAUUCUAAAUCCAUGGAGGAACAGAUAGUAGAGGAGAAGAAGAAAAAGUCAGAAAUGCAGUUGAUGUCUUCUCAGCUGGACCCUCGGGCCGUCCUGUUGAGAGACCCACAUGUUGAUCCCUUACCUCAACUUCUUGACUUUGAUGAAGGACAGCGGCAGAGGGUUUUUGACAGCAAGGUCUUCUGUUGUGGCAUCUGCUUUGUAGAGAAGCUGGGCUCCAGCUGCCUUUGCUUUAAGGAGUGUCAACACGUGUACUGCAAGGCCUGCAUGACUGAAUACUUUCAAAUCCAAAUACGCGACGGCAACGUUCAGUGCCUUAACUGCCCUGAGCCAAAGUGCACCUCUGUAGCCACACCACUACAGGUAAAAGAGCUCGUCAAUGAUGAGCUGUUUGCCCGUUAUGACCGUUUGCUGCUUCAGUCCAGCCUAGACCUUAUGGCUGAUGUUGUUUACUGUCCCCGCCUGACCUGCGGCACACCUGUCAUGGUAGAACCGGACACUACUAUGGGCAUUUGUGCUGCCUGUCAAUAUGCUUUUUGCACACUGUGCAAACUGGGUUAUCAUGGAGUCUCACCGUGUAAAAUCAGCGCAGAUGAACUGCGUCACCUCCGAGAUGAUUACCUGUCAGCUACAGCACAGGAGCAAAAGUUUAUGGAACAAAGAUUUGGGAAGCGUGUGAUUCAGAAAGCUGUGGAAGAGUCCUUUAGCAGAGACUGGCUGGAGGAGAACUGCAAGUCUUGUCCACGCUGUGGAACCAACAUACAGAAAGUGGACGGCUGCAACAAGAUGACUUGUACCACAUGCAAGCAAUAUUUCUGUUGGCUGUGCCUGGGCGCUCUCAGCAAAGUCAACCCAUAUGGUCACUUUAAUGAUUCACGCUCCCCCUGUUACAACCAACUCUUCCAGGGUGUGGACGUGGAUGACGAUGACGACUUUUUAAGCGAUGAGGACGACUAACACCACUACAGUGCCGAUCAACAUAUCCCUUUUUAAAUGCACUUUAAGUCAUUUAGUCUUUACGUCACCUCCGUUGUACGACAAAAGUGUUUCUACAGCAUUGCUGCAGGGCAACGUCGACUGCAUUUGACAUCGAAUCCUACUAUCGCUCAUGAUGUUCGAUUGAUGACACGAUUGAGCCAAUGAAAUGACAGCAGCGUACCUCUAA